UGCAAUAAGGGAGAGAAUCUGAAAAUAUUGAUGGCAAAAUUGUAAUUUUUAUGUGACUAUAUUUGAGAAAGGAGAGCAUGCUAAACAGAAACAGAUCAACAACAACACAGGCAAAAAGAUAAAGAGAAAGGAGAGACAGAGAGAAGAUCUGUGGAAAGAUGGCUGGGGAAGAAGGACAAGUGAUCGCGUGCCACACCGUGGAAGCAUGGAACGAGCAACUCCAAAAGGGCAAUGACUCCAAAACUCUUGUGGUGGUUGAUUUCACGGCUUCUUGGUGUGGACCAUGUCGUUUCAUAGCUCCAUUCUUUGCUGAUCUAGCUAAGAAACUCCCUAAUGUGAUUUUUCUCAAGGUUGAUAUUGACGAAUUAAAGUCAGUGGCGAGUGACUGGGCGAUUGAGUCGAUGCCAACCUUCAUGUUCAUGAAAGAAGGGAAGAUUGUGGACAAAGUUGUUGGCGCCCAAAAAGAUGAGCUUCAGUCUACUAUUGCCAAACACUUGGCUUAACUACACCUUUUAUCUUUUACAUGUCUUCUGUCUUAAGAUAUUGGAUUAAUUGCUUCUUAUUUACUCUUGAAAUCAUAGUUAUGACUUGUCCCCCCUCUGUUAUGAAUCUUAUGAUGAUUCUUGUUUAAUCUCAUCUGAUAAGAUGUGUUAGUGAAUUUGAUGAAUUAUUAUUUUGCUUUGUUUA